GGGGAGAGUAUAUAGACCCACGACGCUCGAUGGCAGGAGAGUCAUUGUUCUCGAACUCCACAGUCGACACCGUUCUCGAGCAACAAGGCUACAUUAUUCUCGCUUACUAAAGGCUAACUUAUUAUCGCCUAUUCCUACGCUUAAACUUCAUCUAAUUUUACGGUACUUGUCACUCUAAAACACAAAACACGUCACAAUGCACCAACAUCUCGGUCUCAAUCUGGGCUACGUACCGGCACCUUAUCCGCCCAUCGACAGACCGGCCGUGGCCAAUCCCGCUCCAGCAGCUGCCACAACGGCGGCUAACCCCGCCGUACCCGCCCCAACUCCGCCCGGCGCGCGUACUCCCUCGGAUGUGACGCUUGCCUCCUACCAAGCUCGCAUCCAGGAACUGGAGCUCAUCCUCGCCAGGGGCAACAGCGCGGUCGCGCCGGCGGUCGGAGCUCGGAUUGAGGACAUAGAGCGUCUUCAAUCCCAAAGCAAUGACACUGGCAAUCUGAUGGUUGCAGCCCCUGCCGCAAUAGCAGCGGCACAGCAGCAGGCAAUCGAGAACGCAGACAACAGGAAGACAGUGACCCUUCCACCCAUCACUGCGGGGCAUAAAAGCAACGCGCUAGAUCUUCCCGUACCCCCGAAGGUCGAUGCCGCUUUCCGCGAUUAUCGCUACAUUCCAUACACGGCUCUCACGCAAGCCGCGCGCCUGCGCUCGGCGCGCGGUGAGGAGGAUUACAUCCUGAACGCGAAAGGAGGCUUAACCGUCAAAGGCCUGAGCCGCGAGAACGAACGUGGCAUAUCGACCAUCGAAUGGCUGAAGGCAGCGAAAACGGCGGAGGAGCGUACUCAGGUAUAUCACGGGAAAGACCGGGGUGACGCCCUCCAGAGUCACCACACCGUGGUGUUGUCGCUUGCUCAUUCACACGGGUGGGCAGUCGCAGUCGAAUACGACAUACAGCAGAGGGAAGCUGCCGCCAAUGACCAUCGACAUGACCUUUCUGGCCUUGACACGGCAGCCCUCACGCUGAUCACGACUUCGCCUACCCGCGCUAGAUCCAUGGACACGACUGCAGCCACGACUGCAGCCCCCGCGAAGCGCGCGGCCCUCGGUACACCUGCGAAUGCAACCCAGUCUGUCAAGCGGCCUCGUACGGAGAGCCGGUGCUUUCGCUGCGGGCAGCAGGGACACUUCCCGUCCGGAUGCACAAGCUCCCUCACCUCAGCUGGCCGAGCCGUUGCUCCCUUACUCGGUGACGGGUCACGCAGUGCACAGGCGCUCGCCGCGCCCAACGGGCGUGCCUUCUGCUUCAACUACGCAUUGUCCUCUACAUGCCGGUUUGGGGCGGACUGCCAGAACUUCCACGGUUGCAGUCUCUGCGGUGACACCAGCCAUGGAGCCGGGAAGUGCGGACGUCGGGUCUGACUCAGACCCGCGCCGGGUUGUGACACCGCUCAACCCGGACAAGGUGGAGGCGCUGCUACGCGACCUCCACAUCUUAGAGCGGUGGAGGCACGUCGUCGACGGCCUCAGAUCAGGUUUCGAAGUUGGGGUCGAUGUGCCCCUCCCACGCUCGUUCACGUUCAAGAAUCAUGCAUCGUCGGAACUCGACGAGGGCUUUAUAGACAAAUAUAUAGCAGCGGAAAUCGCAGCGGGACGCUACUCGGAGGGUUACGAGCCCCGCGAGUUGGAGAAAAUCAUAGGGCCUUUUCAGACAUCGCCAUUAGGGCUGGUACCAAAGGCGGGCGCAGACACGUUUCGUUUAGUGCAGGAUAUGUCAUAUCCUCGCAACGAU